AUUCAUUCAUUCAAUAAUAAUUUUCCUUUUCCCUUUACUCUUUUUCUCUCUAGAACAUUCAUCUUUCUCAACAAAUUGUGUCAUUCAAAUUAUUCUUAUUUAAGAAAUAGAUUUCAUGUAGUCAAAUAUUUACGUACUUAAUUAAUAAUCUCAAUCGUAUACACCUUAUAAUGAAAUUUAUAUUUAUUAAACUUGUAAUGCAUAUCGUUUGAUGUUAUUUCAACAACUUCUAAUGUGCUGACUGCGUGAUAGCGAAAUUUGUUUAGCGGAGAGAGUCCAAUUCCCUCUCUUAUACUGUAUAUAUUAUACAUGCAAAGUGGGUUACAUGGUCUCAGUUGAUUCAAGUUAUUUUGUUUCAUCCAACAAGAAAAUAAUUUCAGAAAACUUUACCAAGAGAAAGAAUGACUAUCAUACGAACCGAUACAUCAACAAACUCUCUGAGUACUGUCAAAAGAAUGAGAUUGAAUUCCAACUAGAAGUGAAUGUAGGACCAGCUUCCCAGGUUAUUUCUGAUGCUGCAGCAAAAUUUCAGCCUACAACUUUGAUACUUGAUAAACAGAUCCACAGAAACAUGAAGAAUUUCGUGGACCGGAUCCCUUGUGGUAUGUAUAGGAUAACAAGUGACAACUCCCUUGAAAAGUUGAAAGAUCCAAAAUCAACAGCUUCCAAACUCUCUGAAAGGCAAGAAAAUAUAAGCUAUUCAGAAAUGAUACCAGGAAGUGAAGAGGAUGGAGUUUCUCUUCAGAUGUCCAAGUCUUCAUCUACUGAUCUUUUCACGUCAACCGGAGCUUCAAGUCAGUGUAGUACUGAUGUCUCAACUUCUAGCAUUGCAAGUUCACAAUAUGUCCUUCAAAAAUACCAAAUUGGGGAGUUUUUUCCGGAACAAGAAAAACAAGGGCGACAAUCGCUAUUUCAUAUUUCUGGAAUUCAAGAAACAAGACAAACAGAAGUUAUUCAUAGGGAGGAAGACUUUACAAUUCCAGUUUGUUCUGUGUGUAAUAACAGAAGACUGAAAAUUGAAUCGAAACGAGAGUUCAGUUACUUAGAGCUCUACACUGCUACACAAGGAUUCUCUGCUAAGAACUUUCUGUCAGAAGGUGGAUUUGGAUCUGUUUACAAAGGACAACUUGAUGGAAUGCCAAUUGCUGUUAAGCAACAUAAAAGUGCAAGCUUCCAAGGAGAGAAGGAAUUUAGGUCUGAAGUCAAUGUACUUCGAAGAGCAAGACAUGAGAAUGUAGUCAUGCUUCUAGGUUCAUGUUCAGAAGGAAAUAAUAGGCUUCUUGUUUAUGAAUAUGUCUGCAAUGGUUCACUGGAUCAACAUCUAUCAGAACACUCUAGAUCACCUCUUACAUGGGAAGAUAGGAUCAAAAUAGCUAUUGGAGCAGCCAAAGGCUUACUAUACUUGCACAAAAAUAGCAUAAUACACAGAGAUGUCAGACCAAACAAUAUCCUUGUAACACAUGAUCUCCAACCAUUGAUAGGAGAUUUUGGACUAGCAAGAACUCACAACAAUGACUUGACACACUCGACGGAAGUUGUUGGUACAUGGGGGUAUCUGGCACCAGAAUAUGCAGAAUAUGGAAAAGUGUCAAGUAGAACAGAUGUAUAUUCUUUUGGAGUGGUUCUACUACAGCUUAUCACUGGAAUGAGAACGACAGACAAAAGACUCGGAGGAAGAAGCCUCGUUGGAUGGGCAAGGCCACUAUUAAAAGAGAGAAAUUAUCCAGAUCUAAUUGAUGAGAGGAUCAUUGAUACUCAUGAUUACCAUCAAUUAUUUUGGAUGAUACGACUAGCUGAGAAAUGUCUAAGCAGGGACCCUAAGAAAAGACUAACCAUGGAUGAGGUUGUUAAUGCUUUGACCGACAUUUCCGAAGGCAACACAUGUGACAUUGGAACUGGCGAUUACACCCCUGCAAUGUCAGAUUCAUCCUAUACUAGUGAACCAGAAUUUGAUGAAAAUGAAGAUGAGAAUGAACCUUUUGAGGAUGAAGGUAACUUACUAAGUACCAUUUCAGAAUCAACAGAAGGAAGUGAUUACACUAUUCAGAUGAGGCAUAUGAGUGUAAGGCAGCCACCAUCUCCUCCAAUUAAAAACUUCUAUUCAAGUGGCUCAAGCUCAUUUCAGUUUUCUGAUGAAUCAAAUAGUGACUAUGAAGCACAUAAUGAAAAGAGUACAGAAAUUUCAAAAUCCAAAGUUGGUUUAAUCAACUCUUAGAUGGUACUAGUGGACUAUACAAAUAAGAGAGGAUUUAUGUUUAGAUCAUUGAAACAAAUAAGUUUUCCACUUUAAUUAUAGUGUUGAAGUGGUUCUUUUCUUUUGUGAUAGAAUGUGUUUAUCGAGGUUCGAUAGUCUAGGUAAACUCGUGGAGCGUCUUAUUGUCUUAAGUGUUUCGAAAUAUAUUUGUGUAACAUGUUGAAAGGCUUUUCUUGAAAAUAAUCAUCAAAUCUUCAAAUUCUGAGUUAAAAGGCCUAUGGUCUAACAGUUGUGCCCCUUAUUUGUAAUGGCUUCUUGUGAGUUUCAAUCUCACUAGCGGUAAAUUGUUUCGUCUGUUUUACCUUGUAAGAUUAAACUGUAUUGAAUUUUACUCGAGACCUCGGCUCAA